AAAACUAGAAGACGUCAUAAUGUAAUAUAUAACAACGUGUUCUGCAGGGUUUUAAGUGAAUGCGACAUGAGGUGUCAAACCCCCAUUCUCAAUGAAAUCAUUAGCACGCCAAAGGUGUUAUACUCCCACCCGCAGUACUACAGUAUGUGCCACUUCAGAGGGUGAUUCAUUUACAUGUAUAGAAAGCUGUUAUUUAGAUGCACACAAUGAUGUUCCACAACCACUGAAUGGCUCGUGCUAUUUUUUUCUUCUCCUCUACUAUGGGCGCAUCGCCAUGACGUCAUCGCCCCAAUGUCAACAAUGUAGCAAUUUAGAGGAGGCGCGUGCUGGAAAUGCCACAAUCAGCAAAGAGCAAAGCAAAAGCACGCGGUCGCGGAUGAAACUCAACGCAGACGGAGAGCCAGCGUUCAUUCCUACCGCUGCACAGAAAACACAAGUCGUUUUGCAGAGCGCCAAAAAGCAGGAGAAGAAGGAGCAGGAGACCAUGUGAAAAGCGUCUUCCAGCAGAUCAGCGUGCAGGACCAACUGAAAGUUUAGGCUCUGAGCAAGGAAUGUCUAUGGAGGAGAAGCCUGACACUCCCAUGUAUGUGUACGAGUCGACAGUGCAUUGUGCGAACAUCCUCCUGUGUCUGAAUGAGCAACGGCAGCAGGACGUCCUGUGUGACGUGACGGUGCUGGUGGAGGGCAGGGAGAUCCGCGCGCACAGGGCAGUGCUGGCAGCCUGUAGCCAGUAUUUCUCACUGCUGCUGCGGGGACCGACAGAACACGAGCCACUCAUCAGCCUGCCAAUGAAGAUCACAGAGAAAGGCUUUGCCCCUCUGCUGCAGUUUGCAUACACCGCCAAGCUGCUCCUCAACCGGGAUAACAUCCAAGAUGUCAUGCGCUGUGCUGAAUUUCUGGGAAUGCACAACCUAGAAGACUCCUGCUUCCGCUUCCUAGAGGCCCAGAUGAAGAGUGAGCUAGAGGGCACCAGUCCCCCAUCAAAUCAAACCCUGCUCCAGAACCACCAUAAUAACAAAACAGAGGAUGCAAAAGUGCAGCUGAGGGACUCCAAACCACCACUGUUCGGAUCAAGGUUGCAUUCUGAAACGGAGCAAAUGAAAAUGCAUCAAUCCGACCAACCUCAGCCCUUUGACCUCCCUCGCUAUCCCAAAUAUAGGAAGUACCAUCAGGUUCACGCCAAGCACAACACAAGCACCUCUUCGCACAGCAGUACCUCAAGCUUACAAGGCUCCCUGCAGGACACCGUCACCAGCAGCAAUGCCCGAGGCCUGGAUCUCUCCAAGGUAAAAGCAGAACCAGUCAAUGGGGAAGUCUCUGUGCCGUUAGACUUGUCUGAGUUGGAACAGAAUGGUCCGGUCAGGGGUAAAGUAAUUGAGAUGGACAUAGAAAUGGAGUUUGAUGGAAGGCAACUUAGUUCAACACCCAAUGAAUUCCCAGCAAGCAAACGAUCACCGGUGUGCCUGCGCUCCCUUGUUAAAAAGGAAGUCUCAUCUUCAGAUCAUUGUCUUUCCACUGACCUGCAGCUUUCCAGCAGAACUUCUCCACUUCGGGAACAACAGGUUGUCACAGUUCAGGAACAACAGGUUGACUUCCAAAAGGACUAUCAGGCUUUUAUUGGAGGACUCUCGUCAAAGAAAUUACCCGAUGGAGUGUCUCUCAAAUCGCUUUCUCUUGAGAGGAUUUGUUCACAAGAUCCCGAACAAGAGAACGACAGAAAAAGUGUCAUCUUUUCCUCUCGAGGCCCCUACCAUUUGGCGCCCACACAUUCAUAUCCUGAUGAGAGUUGUUUGGGGCAGGAGACUCCAGAAGACCUGUGGGCAGGAUCCAGCCAGUCGUUUCCCUGCACCCAAACUCUGUCCCCAACUUCGUCCUCUCAAGAUCCCUCUUUGCCCUAUCGCCGGCACCCUAAGAGCAGUUGUCCGGUGCCCAUUAAAAUGUGUUCCCGCUCGACUCGUGCCGAUAGCCAUGUCAGAACCUCCAGCUCAUGCUCUUCCUACUCGUAUGCAGAGGACGGCAGUGGAGGCUCUCCUUCCAGCCUGCCCCAGUUCGAGCUCUCUACCUCUCCUUGUUCCACCAUGGCGCGUUGUCUGGCCCUCGAACACCGGGAGCAUAGCACGUCGGGGCCACCAAAAAUCAAGUGCGAGAAGUCAUACGACACUAAUUCCAGUGACGAAUCUGGAUCUUUUUCUGAUGGCGAUAGCGAGUCGUUUGCCACCAAAGAGCGCACACAAGAGGUGAAACUGCCUUUUUCAGUUGACCAGAUCACCGAGCUUCCUCGUAACGACUUCCAGCUGAUGAUAAAAAUGCACAAACUGAGCUCAGAUCAGCUGGACUUCAUCCACGACAUGAGACGCCGCAGUAAAAACCGCAUCGCAGCCCAGCGCUGCAGGAAAAGAAAGCUGGACUGCAUCCAGAACCUGGAGCGGGAGAUUCACAAACUGGUCUGCGAGAGACAGAAGCUCUUAACCGAACGCAGUCAGCUGAAAACCUGUAUGGGGGAGCUUUGGGAAAACUUCUCGUUUUUGUCUAAGGAGGUCUGCAGAGAGGAACAGCGCACUCCUCGAUCACAGUAUAAUCCACACACAGACCCAGUUUUGUCAGGUACAGAGCUUCAAAUCUCCCUCAUUCCUAACAGUAAAGACAUAUCAGACUGCCAGACAACCCAACCGCCACAUUUACACCGAAGAGCGGACAGGGACACAGAGCCGUCCCAGGAAAACACCGCCUCCAUCAGGUCUGAUGCCUCACAGACAGGCAGCUCCAGCGUCACUAUUGAUUUCUGCCAGGAAAUGACGGAGAAGUGUACGACUGAAGAGCUGCCUGAGAGAAACUGAGUCUGGUAGACUGCAUUUUGGAACUUUUAAUGUGAAUAUUGGUUCGAUAUUUUUUGUGUUACUUUUUUUUUUUUGGAAGUGUUACGUUUUGUUUGACUGUACUGGGUCAUGGUGAAUAACUCAAGGUGUUUUUGUAUUUGUGUGCUGCAUAUGGAUGUGUUCUCAUACAUACAAUAUGGAGGCUUGCUUGAAGCUAUGGAAUUUUUAAAAGAAAUCAAAAGGUAAUUACAACUUUUUAAAGUCAUAGUUCUGACUUUUUUCCCUUACAGUUGAAAGUUUGUAUCAGAAUUGGGUUAAAUAGACUCUCAAUUGUAAGUCCUUUUUCGCUUUAUUGUUUUUUUUUUAUGUUAAAACACAACACAUUUUUAAAAAGUGAACUCAUUUUUAGGUUAAAAUGCAAGCAGUUUUUUUUUUUUUUUUUUAAGAGUUUGUUGCAGAAUUGGCUUGUAGAAACUCACAAUUUUCAGUCCUUUUCCAUCCAUCUUUUUUUAAGUUGAAACACAACACAUUUUUUUUUAAAGCACAUUUUAAAGUGAGAACACAGGCAAUUUUGAAAAAUAAAACACAUUUGUAAGUUAGAACAAGCUAUUUUCUUUUGAGUUUUGUUGCCGAAUUGGGUGAUAUAAACUCUUUUUUACCUCCAUCAUUGUUUAUAGUUAAAACAGAGCACAUUUUAAAGUUAAAACACGGGCUAUUUUCAAAAUUUUUUGUUUGUUUGUUGCAGCAUUGGGUUAUAUAAAGUCACAAUUGUAAGUCCCUCAUCCCUCCAUCCGUUUUUUAGUUAAAACACAACACAUUUAUAAAAAACAAAGCACAUUUUUAAGUUCAAAAACAAGCAAUUUUAUAUUUUUUUAGUUUGUUGUAGAAUUGGGUUAUACAGUAUAAACUCACAAUUGUGAGUGCUUUUUCUCUCCAUCCUUUUUUUUGUCAAGUUAAAACACAUUUUUUAAAAUGCAUAUUUAAGUAAAAAACAAGCAAUUUUAUGUUGUACACAAUUGUGAGUUUAUAUAACCUAAAUAGUCCUUUUUUCACUCCAUCAUUUUUGAAAGUAAAACACAAGAAAUUUUCUAGUUGUUGUUUUUUUGUUUGUUUGUUUUUUUUUUUUUGCAGAAUUUGCUUAUAUAAACUCACAAUGGUAAGUUAAUUUUAUUUAUUUAUUUUUUGAUAAAACAAAGCACAUUUUUUGACCAAAAACAUUUUUAAGUUAAAACACAAGCAAUUUUCUUUAUUUUUUAGUUUGUUGCAGAAUUGGCUUAUAUAAACGUACAAUUGUAAGUCCUUUUUCCCUCCAUUGUUUUUUAAAGUUAAGACAAAACACAUUCUCUUAAACAAACUUAACUUAUACUUUAACUUAAAAAUGUGCUUUGUUUUUAAAAAUUUGCUUUAACUUAAAUAAAAAAAACGCAAGGAAAAAGGACUUACAAUCAUGAGUUUGUAUAUAACCCAAUUCUGCAACAAAUUCUAAAAAUAAACAUUUAAAAUUGCUUUCGUAAACUCACAGUUGUAAGUUCUUUUUCCCACAACACAAGACAUUUUUAAAAACAAAACACAUUUUUAGCUUAAAACGCAAGCAAUUUUCUCUUUUUGGUUUGUGAGUUUGUUGCAGAAUUGGCUUGUGUUUUAACUUUAAAAUGUGUUUUGUUUUAAAAAUGUGUUUUAAAUUAAAAAAAGGAUUGCGAUAUAAAGGACUUACAAUCAAGUUUAUAUAACUCAAUUCUGCAACAAAAUCAAGUUAUUAAGUUAAAACACAAGCAAUUUUCUAUUUUUUAAAAGAUUUUGUUGCAGAAUUUGUUGCAGAUUUUUUGUUGGCUUAUAUAAUCUCACGGUUAUAAGUCCUUUUUCCCACCAUCGUUUUUCUUGAAGUUAAAACACAGCACAUUUUUAAAAACAAAACACAUUUUUAAGUUAAAACAAGCAAGAAUUGGGUUGUGUUUUAACUUAAAUAUGUUUUGUUUAAAAAAUGUGUUGUGUUUUAACUAAAAAAGGAUUGAGGGAUAAAGGACUUACAGUUGUGAGCUUAUAUAACCCACUUCUGCAACAAACUAUAAAAGAAAAAUUGCUUAUGUAAACUUACAAUUGUAAGUGCUUUUUCCCUCCAUCAUUUUUUAGGCUAAAACACAACACAUUUUUUUUUUGACAAAACACAUUUUAAGUUGAAACACAAGCAAUUUUCUUUUUUUUUUUAAGCAUUUUUCUCAACUUGCGAUUUAGAAACUUGCAAUUAGGAGUUUGUCUUUAAAAUCUGAGAAGAAUUGGGGGAAAAUAAAAAAGAGUAUAAAGUCAGAAUUACAACAAAUAGUCAGAAUUGCAAAAACUCAAAACUGCAAGAAUAUAAAUCCAGAAUUCCCAAAAAGAAUAACUCACAACUGUGAGAAACUAGCUUGCAAUUUUCAGAAAUAAAUCAGAAUUGUGAGAAAAUUAUAACUGCAAGAAAUGAAGUCUUAUUUUUUCGCAAAAGACUGGUUUUUGCAAUCCUAAGAUCAAUUAAUUUAAAGGAAAAAAGUCAAAAGUGUUGAUGUAAAAACGCUGAAUUCUAAAUUAUAGUGAUUACUUAUUCUUUUUUAUUAAUUCAUAUGGCAGAAACAAGCUUCUAUACAUGCUAAAUAAAAAACUAAAAUAAUUCAUGUCACAUUUUCUGCAUUUGUAUCUGGUUCUCAGAUUUAUCUCAGGAAAUUUUAAAUCAAUCAGCAUAUGCAAAAGUGAUACUGAAAGUGUCUGAAAGUGUUUUGUAUCUACUGUGUGUUCCAAGCAUUCCUUGCGUGCAUCAAGAAAAAAAAUAAAUAACAGAAAGGAAGCAGAUGUUCACCUGAAGCCGAGCAAUCUGUUUGUCAGCAUAGAAAAAUGAACAUCUGAUCAGAGAAAAUAGCGGUCAUAAAUCAUAAAGCAGUUUCAUCAAUAUUGACGAUUAGCUGCUAAUAUGAUUGUCCCCUCAAGUAUUUUUUACAUUUUCCACAGAUUUGUUUUCUCUCUCUCAUGCUCAGUUUUCUAGACUGUUAAAUGAUCGAUCAGAUAUGCAAACUUUAGUGAAUUCACUCAUGUUGGCAGCUCAAAUUGUGACCUCUCCCAACUGAUUUGAUUCCGUCAGGACAGUAUGCACAUUAUCCUUUUACUCCUUUAAAAAAUCAUUGUGGUAGAUAUAUAUUAUUUUUCUUUCUUAUGUUUGAGAUAUUUAUUUUUGGGGAAUUUUUAAAGGGUUAGUUCACCCAAAAAUUUAAAUUGUUAUAAAUUACACUCGUGUCAUUCAAAAGACCUUUGCUUUUCUACAUAAAACAACUUGAGAUAUUUUAGGUGAAAUUUGAGAGCUUCCUCAUCCUCCAUAGAGAGCAAAGGUAUGAGACAUUUAAA